AUGUGGAACGACGAGGACAACAACCCGUAUGGCAGCAGCUUUGAUCGUCGAGACUCAUAUGGCUCGUCAGCGACACCGGCGUCUCCAGAUUCUCGCCCCAACUUCGAUGCGUCGUCAGUCACUUCUGAUGAAGCACAAGACGUCCCUAGCUACGUCAAGCCCACCAGUGACGUCGAAAGCGACGAUGACGAGGAAGAAGAAGAAGCGGCUGCUGUGUCACACAGCGAGCUCCAGCCACGACGGAAGCCCGGCGGCUACGACAGCCGGAUCGAACAGCUUCUUUACGAAAACCCAGAAACCCCCAUAUACAUCACGGAUGCGGGGAAGAGUGUAGAGAACAGUGGGCGCUACAUCGUGUACACAAUCCGGACAGGUGACCUCGAGGUUCGGCGGCGAUACUCUGAGUUUGCGACCCUACGCGAUGCGCUGACACGGUUGCAUCCGACCCUCAUCAUUCCCCCAAUACCCGAGAAGCACACGAUGGCCGACUAUGCUGCGAACCCGACCAAUGCCAAGCAAGACCAGCAGAUCAUUGAUUUGCGCAAGCGGAUGCUUGCCGUCUUCCUCAACCGUUGCCGACGCAUGGAGCAGAUCCGGACUGACGGUGUCUGGUGGCGGUUCCUUGACCCCAACGCAAGCUGGAACGAGGUGCUGCACUCGCAUCCCAUUGCGUCGAUUCCCAAGUCCAUCCUCAAAGCGCCUCCUCUCAACACCGCAAACCCGACUCCGGCACACAGCUACCUGCCCAUCCCAGCAGCGUCGUCGAAGCUCAAGGUGUCAUCCGGGACGCCGAGUGUCCCUAUCAUCGACGGCUCUCUGGCGCGCUUCCCCCCAGAGUCAAGCCAGCUGACAGAGCAAGAUCUCGACCCGUACUUCACAUCUUUCGAGGCAUCAAUCAAGGAGCUCGAGCAGCUUCUUAUGGGUCCAAUGGAGAAGGUCAACCGUCGCACGCUCAGCCACCUGUCGUCCCUUGCGUCCGACCAGUGCGAGCUCGGCGCUCGGUACAACGCUUUUGCGCUAUCAGAGACCGCGCCGACUUUGGGAGCCGCUAUUGAGCGGAUUGGCCAGGCUGUUGACUCCUCGUACAUAGCAACGGAAGAGCUCUCCAGCUCACUCGGCGCUAGCUUCGCCGAGCCAAUGCGCGAGAACGCCCAGUUUGCGGGUGUGGUCCGCAGCGUGCUGCGGUACCGGAUCCUGAAGCGUGUCCAGCAGGAGAUGACCAAUGACGAUUUGAACAAGAAGCGGGCACUCCUGGACCAGCUGGAGCGCAGCGAGGCCGAGGCACGGCGCAUCGACCAGUACCUCAGCGGCAGCCAACAGAUCCAGCCGCCACGGCGGUCGAACAGCUCAAGAGACCAGUCUGGGCAGCAUCACCGCCGGGACGGUAGCCAAGAAGACACGGCCUCGAUCGACUCGGACUUUCCGCCGACACACGGUGACUACUCGUCUGUGCCCUCGGCCAAAAACGGACCGCCAGAGCGCAGUGUGUCAAACCCGGGCCGCAAGAAGGUGGCCAGCGGCAACUCGAUCACGAACAAAAUCUUUGGGCCGAUUCGGCACGCGGUGCAGGGAGUCGUGGAUGUCGACCCGGAACGGACACGCCGUGACACGAUUACCAAGACACGCGAAUCAAUUGCACAGCUGGAGCAGGCCCAAGUAGCGUCUGCCCAGGACGUCAAGGACGCGAGCGCCAACGUGCUGCGUGACCUGAAGCGGUUCCAAAAGGAGAAGGAGGACGAUCUCAAGCGGUACAUGAUUGCCUAUGCAAAGAGCCAGAUCGAGUGGGCCAAGAAGAACAGAGAAACGUGGGAGGAGGCGCGCCAGGAAGUCGACAAGAUCGAACCGGAAUAA